GCCGAGCGCCAACCCGCGAGCGCCGGAGCUCCAGCGUGCUGCCCCGGUCGCCGCCCGCCAUGGCCCGCGCUGCCCUGAUCCUCGCCAAGCUGUCCACGCUCCUCGCCGCGGCCGCUGCAGGCGGAGAUGUUCCGCCCGGCAAAAUCGCGGUGGUUGGCGCCGGGAUCGGGGGCUCUGCUGUGGCCCAUUUCCUCCAGCAGCACUUUGGACCCCGAGUGCAAAUUGACGUGUACGAGAAGGGAACCGUGGGUGGCCGCCUGGCCACCAUCUCAGUCAACAAGCAGCACUACGAGAGCGGAGCAGCCUCCUUCCACUCCUUGAGCCUGCACAUGCAGGACUUCGUCAAGCUGCUGGGACUGAGGCACCGACGUGAAGUGGUGGGCAGGAGCGCCAUCUUCGGUGGAGAGCAUUUCGUCCUGGAGGAGACUGACUGGUACCUGCUGAACCUCUUCCGCCUCUGGUGGCACUAUGGCAUCAGCUUCCUGAGACUGCAGAUGUGGGUGGAGGAGGUCAUGGAGAAAUUCAUGAGGAUCUACAAGUACCAGGCCCAUGGUUAUGCCUUUUCGGGUGUUGAGGAGCUGCUCUAUUCUCUGGGAGAGUCUGCCUUUGUCAACAUGACCCAGCGCUCAGUGGCCGAGUCCCUUCUCCAGGUGGGUGUCACACAGCGCUUUAUCGACGAUGUCGUCUCCGCUGUCCUGCGGGCCAGCUAUGGACAGUCAGCAGCCAUGCCCGCCUUUGCCGGAGCCAUGUCACUAGCCGGGGCCCAAGGCAGCCUGUGGUCAGUGGAAGGAGGCAACAAGCUGGUGUGUUCCGGUUUGCUGAAGCUCACCAAGGCCAAUGUGAUCCAUGCCACAGUGACCUCUGUGACCCUGCACAGUACAGAAGGAAAAGCCUUGUACCAGGUGGGAUAUGAGAGUGAAGUGGGCAGUGGAUCCGACUUCUAUGACAUCGUAGUCAUCGCCACACCCCUGCACCUGGACAACAGCAGCAGCAACUUCACCUUUGAAGGCUUUAAUCCACCCAUUGAUGAUGUCCAGGGCUCUUUCCAGCCCACCAUCGUCUCCUUGGUCCAUGGCUACCUCAACUCUUCCUACUUUGGUUUCCCUGACCCUAAGCUUUUCCCCUUUGCUAACAUCCUUACCACAGAUUUCCCCAACUUCUUCUGCACUCUGGAUAACAUCUGCCCUGUCAACAUCUCAGCCAGCUUCCGGCGGAAACAGCCCCAGGAGGCAGCUGUUUGGCGAGUCCAAUCUCCCAAGCCCCUCUUUCGGACCCAGCUGAAGACCCUUUUCCGUUCCUAUUACUCAGUCCAGACAGCCGAGUGGCAGGCCCACCCCCUCUAUGGCUCCCGCACCACCCUCCCAAGGUUCGCACUCCAUGACCAACUCUUCUACCUCAAUGCCCUGGAGUGGGCAGCCAGCUCUGUGGAGGUGAUGGCUGUAGCUGCAAAGAAUGUGGCCUUGCUGGCUUACAACCGCUGGUACCAGGACCUGGACAAGAUUGACCAAAAGGAUUUAAUGCACAAGGUCAAGACCGAACUGUGAGGACCCCAGGGAGAGCCCAGGAACUUGUGUACCACACUGAAGAUGGAUCACACCCCCAGCAGCCCAGGACUGACAGCCACAUUCACCUGACCACUCUUUUGACCCCUUGUGUACCUUUUCCCUCCAGUGUGGGUCCAGGUGACCCACUGUCUAUCUUAAGGAUCCUCACAGUGGUUGCUUGUUUUGAAGGAGAGGGUAAGAAACGGGAAGGAAAUUCAAGCCAGUGUAUGUGUCUUAUUUAUUU